CCAGGAAACAUUGGUCCUCCUGGAGGUCAAGGAAUUCCAGGAUGCAAUGGCCCAAAGGGUGAACAAGGAUUUCCAGGGCCUCCAGGGCCAGGAGGUGCUCCAGGCAAACCAGGUAUUGAUGGCCUCAAAGGAGAUAAGGGGUGCCCUGCAAGUGGAUAUGACCCAGGAUAUGAUGGAAGAGGUGACCCUGGAUUACCAGGAAUACCUGGACGCCAGGGUGAACCAGGUCCUCGAGGACUCCAAGGGCUAGUUGGACCACAAGGCCCUCCGGGAUCUUCAGGUGUUUCAGGGAGAAUGGGACUUCCAGGAUGUAAGGGUGUCAUGGGGAUGAAGAUCAUAGGAACCAAAGGAAUACAGGGUGAUCCUGGAUCAGCAGGACCCCCUGGGCUCCCAGGAACAGUUAUUGUGACAUUAAGUGGACCAGAUAAUAUGAAGGGCUUGAAAGGAGAUAAAGGAGAGAAAGGAUCAAGGGGUCUCCCAGGACCAGUUGGGUCAUUGGGUUUUCCUGGAGAUUUUCAAAGUGAAAAAGGUGACCCAGGAGAGCCUGGCCCGCAGGGUAAACCUGGAAAAGAUGGUACCCCCGGUCCACAUGGCUUUCUGGGAGAGAAGGGUGAACGCGGCUACCCAGGAUCACCUGGCAUAGCAGGCACUAAGGGGAGGAAAGGAGACAUUGGCCCACCAGGAUUUCCUGGUCCCACAAAGUAUUAUGAUGAGGUGGCUGGUGAAAAAGGAGAUGAAGGAUAUCCAGGACCCCCAGGACUUAAAGGUCAACCUGGCAUACCUGGGCCAAGAGGUCCCCUAGGUGUGACAGGAAGACCAGGUGUAUCGAGACCUGGCGUAAAUGGUCCACAAGGAUAUCCAGGACUGAAAGGAAAUAAGGGAGAGAGAGGACAGCCUGGCAUGAAUGCUGUGGGAUCUCCAGGACUUCAUGGGUUUCCAGGCAGACCUGGUUCUGUAGGAUCACCAGGUCCUCCAGGACAGCCAGGUAAAGUAACGUUUGAAACGCACCCACCAGGAGUUCCAGGAAACCCCGGAUGUGUGGGACCUCCAGGACUUCCAGGAGAUAGUGGAGUAAAAGGUGAAGAAGCAAGUACUUGUAAUCAAUGCAGUUAUAUACCAGGAGGACCUGGAUUUCCUGGUGCUCCUGGGCAAGAUGGUCAAGAAGGAGUUACUGGUAGACAAGGAAUAAGUGGUCCCAAAGGAUCUCGAGGUUCUCCAGGGGCACAAGGGCCUUCAGGUCCUCAAGGACUUCCAGGUUUUCCAGGAGAUCAAGGACUGAAAGGGCCAAACGGUGAACCGGGAUAUGUGUAUCCAGAAGGGCAAAAAGGAAACAGAGGAGAUCCAGGGAUCAGAGGAAAUCCAGGGAGGAAAGGUUCAGAUGGAUUGCACAAAAAACAUGGUUCAAAAGGCUCAAAAGGUUUAAAAGGCGAAAGGGGACUGGAUGGUUCGAAAGGGGACAGAGGGUUAUCAGGAUUGCCUGGUAACCCAGGUCUUCCUGGAGAAAUGGGGCUCACUGGACCACCAGGAUAUGGACCACAAGGAAUGACAGGUCCCAAAGGCACUAAGGGAAUGUCUGGAUUGCCUGGAUUGCCUGGAGAAAUUGGUCCAAAAGGAGAACUUGGUACAGUAAAUCCAACACCUGGACUACCAGGACCUCGGGGGCCAGAGGGUUUACCAGGACCCCCAGGAGCAAUGGGUAAUGUUGGAUCUAGAGGACAACAUGGUGAUUUGGGAUUACCUGGGUCUGAUGGUGCUCCAGGAUUUUCAGGGACUGGAUUUCCUGGAGAUCCUGGUCCAAAAGGGGAUAAAGGUCUUCGAGGGUCUAAAGGAUCACCAGGUUUGCCAGGAAAGGCAGGAGAACCAGGCUCGCCUGGACAGCCUGGAUACCCAGGAGAAAAGGGAGACCCUGGAUUAAUUAUUCCUGGCCAACAGGGUGGAUUAGGUUCCCCAGGACAAGGCGGCUUUCCAGGGGUAAAAGGUGACAGAGGAAUUCCAGGUCUACCAGGAUUCCCAGGACAUAACGGUGCUGAUGGGCCAAGAGGAGAACCUGGCUGUCCCGGAGCUCCCGGAGAAAAGGGACUUCCAGGGAAGCUUGGUGAUUGUCUUAUUGGUCCACCAGGUCUCCCAGGUGCACAUGGAUUAACAGGCCAACAAGGAGAAAGAGGUGUACUAGGAUCAAAAGGAGACCCCAAUAUUCCAGGCUUGGAUGUCCCAGGAUUCCCUGGACAAUUUGGGCUGCCUGGAUUGCCAGGUCGCCAAGGAGACACAGGAUCGCCUGGUCUCAAGGGUCAGCCUGGCAGACCAGGAAUACCAGGUGCACCAGGCCAAAGAGGAGAACGAGGUAUAAUGGGCAAUUUAGGAAUUCCUGGACCUCCUGGUGUCUUUGGACACCCAGGCAUUCCAGGAAACAGAGGUUCUCCUGGCCUUCCAGGACUGAAGGGAAGAAAAGGGUUUUUAGGGGCAAAGGGUGAACCAGGUGAUAAAGGAUUUCCUGGACCAUCAGAGACCAGAGGGAAUCCUGGGGAUAAAGGAGAACCAGGAUCAAAAGGAUUUCCAGGAAGAAUAGGUCUGAAAGGAGAAAGAGGAGAUAAAGGUAUACAAGGAUCAGCAGGGCUUGAUGGGACAUCAGGAGUAUCAGGUCUGCCAGGUCCCAAAGGAUUUGUAGGUCUGCAAGGAAUUCCUGGAAGACGAGGAUUACCAGGACCUCCAGGAGACAGAGGUGAUAUGGGAGUGCCAGGUUCUAAAGGGGAGAGAGGAUCUCGAGGUUUACCAGGACCAUCCGGUGCACAAGGCCCUCCAGGCCUUCUUGGUUUUCCAGGUGAUAAAGGAGAACCAGCUAGUUCAGCAUCUGGGCCUCCAGGAAAACCAGGACCAAAGGGUGAUCCAGGUCCCCCAGGAGAAAUGGGAAGAAAAGGGGAAAGAGGAUCACCAGGUCAGCCAGGACUUGUAGGAGAACCUGGACUAGCUGGAAACAGGGGGGAUUGUGGAAAACCAGGAGCUCCAGGGCCAUCUAAAUGUGCUGGAGAUACUGGCGCUAAAGGGUGCAAGGGGGUGGCAGGACCGAGAGGCACUGAAGGCCCUCCAGGUGCAAUAGGAGCCCCUGGAGCCAACGGAGCUGUUGGGGAAAGGGGGAAUCAAGGACGGGAUGGUAUUCCUGGCUCCCCAGGGGAAAAGGGAGAACAAGGUGCACCAGGAUGGAAGAUUAAAGGUCCGCAAGGUAUUUCUGGUCCUAAAGGAAUCAAAGGUGACGUGGGGAUUCCUGGUUGUCCAGGACCAGAAGGUAUUAAAGGUCUAAUGGGGGAUCCAGGACCAAUUGGACCUCCUGGAUUGAAUGGAAAGCCAGGAUUCCCAGGUGCACCAGGCAUAAUGAUUCCUGGCCAGAAAGGAAAUAGAGGUCCUGCCGGAGUGGAUGGACGACUGGGUAUUCCUGGUAGUCCAGGAUCUUCUGGAACCCCUGUGUACAGCAUAAAAGGAAACAAAGGUGUUAGAGGUAUAGAUGGCAUACCAGGACCACCAGGAUUGGUAGGCAAUAUUGGUCCUCAAGGUUUAACAGGAGUUGAAGGCACCCCAGGCAAUGCAGGCCCUAGAGGUGAACCUGGCUUUCCAGGACUUCCAGGUGUAACAGGAGAAAAGGGUAAUCGAGGACCCCCUGGACCAAUGGGUGCAGCAGGACCUAUCGGACCAAAGGGCCCCCCUGGUCAGCCUGGAGCACCUAGGAAAGCAACAUAUAUCCCAGGAAACCAAGGACCUGCUGGAUCACCUGGAAGCCCAGGACUACCAGGAGAUCCAGGACCUCGAGGGCCACCAGGAUUACAUGGACCUCAAGGUGUAAAAGGCCUACCAGGCCAUUGUGGAAAUCCAGGCAUACUUGGACCAGUUGGUCCAAAAGGAGACAAAGGAUUUCAAGGACAAAGAGGAUCUCCUGGGCUUAUUGGCUUUCCAGGAGUACGGGGCCUACCUGGUUCCCCAGGUAUUUCAAUAUCUGGUCCAACAAGAAGAGGCUUCAUCUUUACCCGGCACAGCCAGUCAACAAAGAUUCCUUCAUGCCCAUCUGGGACAGCUCAGAUCUACAGUGGUUAUUCUCUUCUCUUUGUACAAGGAAAUGAGCAAGCACAUGGCCAAGACCUUGGGACAGUUGGUAGCUGCCUGCAGCGAUUUACCACCAUGCCAUUUUUAUUCUGUAACACCAAUGACGUUUGCAGUUUUGCUUCUCGCAAUGACUAUUCAUACUGGCUGUCAACUGCAGCACCAAUGCCAGAAGACAUGGCACCAAUCUCUGGCAGAGCCUUACAGCCCUAUAUUAGCAGAUGUAUGGUUUGUGAAGGACCAGCAGUGGUAAUAGCAGUUCACAGCCAAACAACUGCAGUUCCUUUAUGUCCUCAAGGCUGGAUAUCUCUCUGGAAGGGUUUUUCCUUUGUUAUGUACACAAGUGCCGGUUCAGAAGCCUCUGGCCAAGCAUUGGCAUCACCUGGAUCCUGCUUGGAAGAAUUCCGUGCCAUUCCAUUCAUAGAAUGUCAUGGUAGAGGGACAUGCAACUACUACACAAAUUCCUACAGCUUCUGGCUGGCUUCACUAGAUCCAAGAAGAAUGUUCAGGAAGCCUUUACCACAGAUUUUAAAAGCAGGGGAACUGGAAAACGUCAUCAGUCGCUGUCAGGUCUGCAUGAAGAGAGACAGAAAUGCUUGACAGAGCAUCAAACUUUGCUUUUAUUGCAAAGAAUAGCCUAACUCUCCAGAAUGUGCAUUUAUUAAAGCCAAACUGUUUCUGGACAAUGAGCUCUAAAAUGCUAGUGCAGCACUAUGGUGAGCUAGUGCAGCAUUUUGAUUUUCUUUUUUCUAAACAAAUUGCAAAGCACUUUUUUGGAGAAGGCUGUUGUAAUGGCAGUACUACAGAUCUUCAUCUUCUGAACUGUGAGGCAAGGUGGAUGAUGUAAUAUCUUUUAUUGAACCAACUUCUCUAGGUGAGAAAAAAAAGCAUCUGGGAUUUAGGUGGACCGUAGACUUAAGUCCGUGACUUAAGAGCUUCCAUGGCAUUCCUGAGUGAACGCAAACCUUCAGUUAUAAGUCUGUUUUUAAAAAUGCACUGCAAAAAGAAACACAAAAUCUACACCUUUUAUAAAGUAUUUGAAAAAUUAAAUAUUUGUCAUGAACAUCUGCAGAAAUAAAACCUCCUAUUCCAUCUAGUCAGAUGAAAGUAUCUUAAAAUAAAACAUUUGUUAUGAGUGAUAGUCAAAUGGUAUUAUCUGAGCACUGAUUUACACCAGUGAAUUCAACUGUAAACGGAUUUAAAUACUUGAUAAGCACUUUAUAUAAAUUAAAUGACUAAAACUGUAGCUCUGAAUAUUUUGGUAUUUAUGAUAUUGCACAUGCAGCACUAUUUAAAAUUUUAAUGUUGACAUUUAAAAAGUUAAUAACUUUUAAUAUUUGCACACAACUAUCAGAAUUCCAGUUCAAUUAUUUAAUUUUAUAGAUAAAGCAUAAUUAAUUUGACAAAUUUGAUAAAUGCAUCAUUUUAAAUGUAGGGUCUAGAAGUCAGCUGAAGGGUCUAGAAGUCAGUUGAAGUAAGAGAGAUUUCUCAUUGAGGCCUAUUUUUUGCAAGUAAAAUAUUUUAUAUUUAUUUGUUAAAAUAUUUCCAGUAUGUUUGUUUUAAUACUCAAAUUUUCUCUGUUAAUAUAACUAGAAACAGUUUCCCCCAUAUGUAACAUGCCAGGGUCAUCUGAUUAAGCUAAUUUAAACACAGCAUUUACAUUAAUUGAAUUAAUAUUAAAGAUUUUUGUUUCCUUAAAUAGAUUGCAGUAUCUCUGUUUGCAAGACACAAUUCAAAAUAUUACACUUGUUAUAAAAUACUCUCAGCAGAUGCAUGUUGCUGAUAAGAGGGCAUUGUGAGGUGUAAAAGUCUUUCCUUCCAAUCUGCUUAUAUCUUCAAAUGUGACAAACACAUGUCAUGUUUUUUUCCCUGAGUCCUAAAUUCUGCUGUAAAUACAGGAAAAUACCCACCAUUUCUUUUGAAAACUGUUCACUAUUAGGGUGAGGAUAAACUCAGCAUCAACAGAUGCACAUGAAGGCAUUAUAUCAGUUUCUGAGUCCCUCUCUGAGAGCAUACUUGUAAAAUCCAGACCUUAAGUCCAUCAGAGUUAAGUCCACUGGAGAUGCACAGUAGGGUAUGAAAUAUAGUGUAACAUGUAUAUUACCUGGAUUAUUACAAAGUUUUAAACUCAGCAGUAAAAGAUGGCGAAUGUAGUCUAGCAGUUAGAGCAUGAGAUGAAGUCAGGUGAUGAGGGUUUUGUUCCCAGGUCUGGACUCUGCCACUCACUUACUGUGUGGCCCAGGACAAGUCAUGUUGGCUAAAAUAUUUUGGGCAGCUUCAGACUCUUCAUAAGUGAUGAGCACUCGCAGCUCCCAUUAACUGCAACUGGAGAUGAAAGUGUUCAGCACCUCUGAAAAUCAAACCCAGCAGAUUUCAAAUUGGGCACCCAUAAUCAAAGGCCAUUUUUUGAAAAUGUUGGCCUUAAAAAUAUCUUUAUGCCUCACUUUCCUAUCACUCCGCAUUGUGAAUAUUAGCUAGCUAAUGUCUGUAAAGUGCUUUGAGAGCCUUGGGGAAAAGGUGCUAAAGAAGUGCAAAGUGUUAAUAUACUGUAUUAAAAGAAUGCAAGUGGCACUAUGGGCAAUCAGAAAUAAUGAGCAAAUAAUCAAAAAGACUAGGGAAAAGAAAUCCUUUCACUAAACGCAACCAAAUAAGUAACUCUG